GCAAGGUUGCACGUGCAGUUCGACUUCAAAUCAAGAUGGCAGCCUCCUUGUGUCGAUGUUACCAGCUGGUUGGUAAACAUUUAAUGGCUCCCUGCUCCCGGCCACUGGUGUCCUCCUGUUUUAGAGGAGAUGCUGAAAGGUUACAAAGGAGUGCAGCAGCACUGCAGGUGCGAUAUGCCUCGGGCAGUAAAGGUUUCCUGGGAGAGUUUGUGGACAGCAUUCGUCAGGAGCUCAGUGAGAAUCGGGAGAUGAAGGAGAACAUCAAAAAGUUCAGAGAAGAGGCCAAGAGGCUGGAGGAGUCAAAUGCACUCCAACAGGCACGCAGGAAAUAUAAAUCUAUAGAGUCGGAGACGGUGAGGACCUCUGAAGUAUUUAAAAAGACACUGGACUCUUCGUUGGAAACAAUGAAGGAGGGUAUUAAAAAAGUGAGCCGCACAGACUUUGGGAAGAAGAUAAAGGAAGGUGUGGAGGAAGCAGCCCGCACUGCCAUGCACUCUGCUGAAACAGUCUCCAAGGGAGGAGAACGACUGGGAAAGACCAAUGCCUUUAAGGCCAUCUCACAGGGUGUUGAAAACAUGAAGAAGGAGAUUCAUGUGGGGGAUGCCGGGCCUUACAGAGCUCCUUCUCAACUGAGGAAAAGGAGUGAUUUUUCAUCAAAGGCAGCUGCUGGUGACACUAGAGUGUUUGAGGCGAAUGAGGAAGCUAUGGAUGUUGUUCUCCACAAGGACUCAAAGUGGUACCAGCAAUGGAGGGACUUCAAAGACAAUAACAUGGUUUUUAACAGGUUCUUUGAGAUGAAGAUGAAAUACGAUGAGAGUGACAAUGCCUUCAUCAGAGCAUCCAGAGCUGUGACUGACCGAGUCACUGACCUCCUUGGUGGCCUUUUCUCCAAGACGGAGAUGUCAGAGGUGCUUACCGAGAUCCUCAAGGCAGACCCCAAAUUUGACAAAGACUCUUUUCUCAAACAGUGUGAGAAAGACAUCAUUCCAAACAUAUUGGAGGCAAUGAUUCGUGGAGAGUUGCAUGUCUUAAAGGACUGGUGCUAUGAAGCGACAUACAGUCAACUUGCCCAUCCCAUCCAGCAGGCGAAAGGUCUGGGGUUGCUAUUCCAGUCCAAAGUCCUUGAUAUUGAUAACAUUGAUUUGGCUAUGGGGAAAAUGAUGGACCAAGGCCCAGUGCUGAUCAUCACCUUCCAGGCCCAAGUUGUCAUGGUGAUUCGUAGCCCCAAAGGGGACAUAGUGGAAGGAGAUCCGGAGAAAGUGCUGAGGAUGAUGUAUGUUUGGGCGCUGUGUCGUGACCAGGAGGAGCUGAACCCCAAUGCAGCGUGGAGACUCCUGGACAUCUCUGCCUCCAGCACUGAGCAGGUUCUCUAAGAGGGAAAAGAAGAGUAGGGGACAUAAUUGGAGAUAAGCGCAGAAGGAACAAGGAAGAGCGUGGGAUGCCUACACAUACUAAUGCUCACACAGACUAAUAUUUGGUGCAUUUAUCUCCACUUCCGCCUUUUGCCAUUGCCACUCAAAAGACUUGAUGUGUACAUUUAUAAAAAUAUACAGUGAGCUGUUGGUUUCCAGGUACUAAGUGGACUGAGAACUUAAAAUUUCAUUCAACUUGUGACAAGAAGAGCUUGUGGAUUUCACACUAUUGUAGGGUGCUAUGCUCGCUGUCAAAUACUAGAAACUUAAAGGUUAUAGGCAUAAGCAUGUUAGUUAACUCUCCAUAUUAUAAGGCUUGACUUGUGUUUCCAUAGAUACUGUCAAACAAAUUUAUUUGCAAGAUUUAAAAAUUAGUCCAAAAAACGAGGGCAGUGUACAUUAUUACAUUAGCAUUCAAAGAAUUUAUUUUACCAGGAAAUGCAACAUGGGUGUGGUCACCAUUCCCAGAGAUUAACACAUUUUGGUAUUGUCUCUGGAGCACUUGUAAAUUGGACUGCACAGCAGACUCAUGUUGAAAUACAUAAAUACAUACAUGGUUUGGAGGAGCCCAAGUAAAGACAAAAAUACACAAUUGUAACUUUAGUCAAAACACAUGUAGAUAAGAGAGAUUGUAUAUGAUUUUUUAUUAUACAGAACAGCGUGAGUGCAUUCAAUUGCAUGAACUACAGUAUAACUUGGUCCUAUCAGAGUUGUUGCCUAGCAAAUUGGGGAGUGAGUGUGUUAUGUGUAGUCGUGUCACACACACAAGUGUGCAUGCUGUGUGUGUGUGUUUUGAGAUGCAGCAUGUCUUCUCAAACUGCACCGGCUUUCACUCGCUAGAAACUGUGUAAGACAACAUGUAUGACAUCUCCAUAAUUUAGUAUGAGUGUGUUAAUACUGUAUAUGGGAGCACAUUGAAGUACCUGUAUGUCACGAAGGCAGCUUCAUGAGGGUCAUGUUGCACUUCCUGUGUUAUGGAGAUGUUGAUAAUGAUUUUAUAUUCAUUUACCAUUCCUUUUUUUUGUUCUUCUGGUCUUUAGUCCUUGCAUUUCAAUACACACUGAACAUGCUGUCACAUUUAUUGUUUUUUUGUUUUUGUUUUUUUUUUAAAGAAGACACUGAACCUCCUGCAAAAUCCCAAGUGGGUGAAUUCAUGUGCUUCUGCAGCUUGAACUCUUUAUGGUCAAAACAGUGAAGUAAUCCGCCUUGAUUUUACUCUUUGUGUUCUCGACAUGUCGCUGUUCAAUGGACAACAUGGAUUGCCAUAGUUUGUUUUGUACUUAUUUCCACAACACAGUGAGAUGCCAUUUUAGUUGUUUUUUGGGAUAAAAACUACAUUUCGGAUGCUCGUACGGUGCUUUUCAUUGACCAGCAACAAUCUACAACUGGUCAUGCACAAGUGCUGCGUUUGUUGCCUAACAAGAAUCGAUCAAGCACCCCUGUUGGAUUUAUUUGCCAACCCACUGACAUUCAAUGGAGAAACACGGACGAACAGGAGGCUGUACACUAAAUGAUGUAACGGCCUUUCCUCUCACAUGGAAGCAUUUCAAACAGGGGUCACCAACGUUUUUCCUUGUGAGAGCUACUUUUACAAAAUGAAAAUGGCCAAGAGCUACUCAUUUUUGUACCAUUUAUUUUUAGAGCUUAUUUUAAACCCAAACAAAGCAAACAUGCUUGUUUUACCAGAACAUUAACAAAAUGCUGGUAUCCACAACUCGCAUUUUGUAUUUCAGAAUGCAUUUCUUUCUACUGUUCUUUCAUUAUUAACUGAAAACCUGAAUAAAAAGCAGGCUUGUGGGCACCUCAUGUGGUCUACCUGGUGCCCAUGGGCACCACGUUGGUGACCCCUGAUUUAAAACAUUCGUCUUGAAUGUCAUUCUACCAUUUCACAGUAUUUUGUCGGUGUGCAUACAGAUGAAGUGUACAGACAGUAUUUAAUCUCAAAGUGGGCCAAAAAGAUAUGUUUAGUGUUCUGUCUUUCCAGCUGCAUUAUUUGUUUUGGUGUCCACUGGAGAUAAUUAAAAGGCCGCAUGUG